AUGGGGGCGCUGGCCGCCAUGCACGCGUACGAGCUGGCGCGGAUGUAUCGUCGAGCGUACUGCGUCGCGUCGUCGGUCCGACGACGUGUUUCCGUCGGGCCACCGUCGCCUCUGAAUGGAUACUUGACGCCGGCCGCGCAGCUCGGUGUGUUCCACAGCAUCGACGUUGUGUGCCAAUCGUACCAAGCGUACCGCAUGUCGUACUAUCUCGUGGAUCGCCGCUAUGCCUUCACGUUUGCCACGGUCGUGAGUGCGUACUGCUUCAUCACGCCUUGGUUCCUCUUUGCAAAGCACGCCGUCGCGCGGCGGUCGCUCGUCCUGCUUCUGAACAACUGCUUUGGAUUUGUGCUCAACUCGGUGUUCCCGAUUGCAGUCUUUAUGUUUCAAGCCCUCCAGUUGGUCAUCCUGGACCGCAAGCUGCAAAACGACGACAAAUUUGUCACGGUCAGCCUCCUCGUCGGCCGAUACUUGAUGGUGACGUCGCCCACCGACCUCAUCUCCAAGAUCGUCAUGCAGUGUUCGAGCUGCGUGUCCAUCCGAAGACUUGUUCAGCCCGUGACAAGGUAUCAGUCCCUUGCGAACGAUCCAGCCGUCGGACCAUCUCCACCACCCGUUGCCGUCCACGCCGGCACGACCACCAAGCCGUCCUUCGAUAGCUUCCACCUGCAGUUUCGCCAACGCCGAAGUCUCGUCGUAUUCUUGUGUCUCAACCUGAUCUGGGGAGCCGCCAUGAUGGCUUGUGCUGCUGCGGCCACGUUUUUUCGAUCAGAGUGCCCCGACUAUUGUGUGCUUGACACGUCGCCAUGGUUUGACUUGACCUGCAGCUGCGUGUACGUCGAGGUCAACUGCGCCAUCCGAGGCAUUCCCGGAGCUACCAUCGACGAGUUCAUUGAACCGACCACCAUCGGGACGUCGCUGUUCGCGCUCGACGUCCGGCGGUGUGACCUGCCCCACGGCAUUCCCAUCGCCGCCCUCCAACCCUUCCACUCGCUCUUUGGUGUGUUCUUGUACAUGACCAACCUCUCGGUUUGGCCAGCCGACCCGACGGGUCUGUUGUGGCCACCAACGUUGGCCGCUUUGCACGUUCGAGGCAGCCACUUGCACGAAAUCCCCGAAGCGUUCGCCGUCUUGCCUCCUCAAAUUGUGUACUUUCGACUCGAAGGGGGCAACAUCUCGACGAUUCCAGAAGCGAUCUUUCAAGCGUGGGCGAAUCUGUCGUCGCUGGCGCUUUCCAAUCUGCAGCUUACCGACCUUCCUCCACGGCUAGGGAUGUUCACCGGCCUGAUGUCGCUUGAGUUGCGAGGAAACUUGUUCUCCAGUGUCCCUUUCCUUGCGUCGGACAUGGACGCCAUGCCGUGGCGGCAGUCCGUGGACCUCAGCGCCAACAACAUCGGCCACAUCCCAUUGUCGUUGGCAACGGCGUGGGAAAAAGUCGCACUCCAGUUGAGUUCGAAUCCAAUUGCGACGGUCCCAGAUGCGUUUGAUCGACGACGAUUGAAUGCUCGCGAAGUGAUUAUGGACGAUACGCCGUUCUGUGCGUCGAGGCCGGUUGCCGCGUAUUGCCUUCCCAAAUGCGCUCGGCAGUGCGACAACAAUCUUCUCGGCAACUAUCGGUGCGACGAGGUUUGCUAUUCGCAAGCAUGUAGCUGGGACAAAGGGGAUUGCGCCGCGUACGGCCUUUCGUCAGACUCGUUUUAA